UUUCCCACCACCCGCUUCGUACCUAUCAAGAGAGACAAGAUGUCGAGUAUUUUGAGUAGUAAUUUUACGAAUAAAUCGAAUCAAUUGGUCAACGAGUCUGCCGUCGACAGCUCGUUGACCGCCUCCCCAUGCUCGACCCAGCCCGGCGACGUCGGAUGGUGUUUUUGACGCCCCCCAUGGCGUGCUCACCAAAUUGCCGAACGAAACUCGCGCUAUCGUAUCGGCCGUUUCUCCAAACUGGCGCGUGACAUCGAUUGGCGAAAAGACAUUGGCGAUCAUGAUUCCACACGAUCAACCGGUGCUCGGCAUCUCUAAGAAGAACUUUGUGGACCUCUUGGAGUUCGCUGAAGACAAACUCGAAAUGGAGCGUGUUUUGGCUGUAUUUGAGAAGGCUCGUAUUAACCCAACGGAAGGAUUCCCACGUACUCUUCGUUACGUCGGAUUCCGUCCAUAUGCCAUCGACGAGCAUCCAGUUCAUCUCCCAGCUGAAAAAUACUUCAUCAUGAGCUACAAGGUCUAAUGGAUUCAUCUCACCAAUUUCUUUUCGUUUUAUCGAUUUCUCGCCGCUUUUAAAAAUGUUAUUUUUCUUUCUCUCACCUUUUUCUAUACCAACCCCUCGAAAAAAUGCACUUUAAAAACUUUCAAAAAAUUUCCUCCUUCAAGAAUUCUCUAGUAUAAUUCUCUAAAUCUCUGUGUUCAUGUAGUGUACAAAUUCUUUAAUUUUCCAGAAAAAAUCCUUUUUGGCUAUUUCUCUGAUUAUUUUUGCCCACCACACCCACUCCCAUCCACAACCAGCUCAUUCCUGUUUCUAAGAGAUAUUAGUGACCGAUGCUUCCUGAGAAAUUCUCUUUUUUUUAAAACAUUCUUUAAAUUAAUCCCUCCUUUCCCACCACUUUUCUGUCCACGCGCCAGCUUUUUUGGAGAAACGAAUAAAUUGUCAAAAAAAAAACGAUUUUGUAGAGAAAU